CUGGAUUCUUCUUUUUGACACGUCUCUCCCUCUCUCUCUCUCUGUUCCCUCCUAUAAAUACCCUUCGCCUUCGCUUGCUACCUUUUCUCUUUCGGUUUUUGGGUUUUCUUUUUUGAAGGCUGAGAAAACCAAAAAAAUCUCGAAACCGAGAGAGAGAACGAAACUGCCUCCUUCUCAACAAACAACAAAAGCCCUCUAUAUCAAUUCCAAGAUUUGAUAGAGGAUCUCAUAACACACCCAACAAAGGAACCCUUACAUACAUAUACAAAGACAACAAUACAGGUAGAGAGAUUGAUUCAAUAAAGAGGAAUUGAGAGAGAAAACCCAUUUUGAAAGCUUCUUUCUUUUUUAAUUUUAUUUUCCUCUUUAAGAUCUUGACAAUCGCCUUGUACAUUGUCUACUUCGAAAAUUAUUUCAACCAUUCAAUUCUUGUUCCCUUUUUUUUUUCUUCUUCUUUUCUGGAAAUCUGAUCUUUUAAACGCCAUUAAGCUCUCUAUUUUGCUUUUCUCAAUCUUUUUUACUUGUGGAGAAAAUUUUGACAGUGUGAUUUUAUAGUAUGUUUUAUUGAUUUUUGGAAAAAGAAAUUAGGGUUUUUAUUAAGUGGGUGCUUAAACUUUUUAUUCGUAGGGUUUUGAUCAGAUCGUCACUAUAACAACCCUAAUUAUGAUUUUUGGAGUAUUAGGGUUAUGAUGAUCAGAAAUUGAUGUAGAGAUUGACAAUUGGAUAGGAUUGGAUUGUGUAGCUAGUUUUUAAUAGGGAUCAGUACUUGGGUCUGCACAUUGAAUCUGCAAAAGUGAAAUUCUUCUGUUUGGCAACAUAAGCUGAAGCAUACGCUAGGUGGUUAUCUUGGCUGCGUUUACAUUUAUGGGUUUGGUUUGAGUUAUUGAUUCUUAUAGUAAAGGGAGGCUCCUGAUAUUCAAUUUUGCUUAUGAUCAGGUUUUGAUUUCUCUGUUGUCCUAGUGGCAAACACAAAGGAUCAGAUGGCUUUGGAACUUCAGCAUUAUUUCAGGACAAAACCUUUCAGAUUGACAUAAAUUGAUUUCCACUUAUCUGGUCAUUUUUGGAGCUUGUUCAUUGUUUAUUGCGGUAGAAUUGAGCCAAUAAGCUUUGUUUGUACUCUUAUUUCCCAGUCAAGUGUUGGUUGACAUUAGGCAACUCCUGAAGUCUAUUUGCGAAUAAGAGGAUAAUUAGAAAUUUUGGCCUGAGAGGUAUUUUGGAGGACUAUGGAUUGAUUUUUAGGCUGGAAAUGAGUGCAAGGACAUGGUGCAUGGACAAGAGCAUAGUUUCUGGUAUGUUCCCGUGUUGGAACAACAGUACGGUAUUGUAGGAGAAGCCUUUUGUACUGUGGAUCGAUCCCACUUUGCCAGUUCAAGGAUCACGUGCAAUGUCUCGGUGCUUUCCAUUUCCGCCUCCAGGAUAUGAAAAGAAGGCUAGAAUUGAGGAUACAGAGUUGCUAAAAAAGGAGAAGCACAAGGAGAAAAAGCAUAAAAAGGACAAGAAGGAGAAAGAAAAGAGAGAGGGUAAAGAGAAAAGGAAUAAAGAUAGAAGUAAAGAAAAACAUAGAGAAAAGAAAGACCGAAAAGAGAAGCGCAAAGACAAGGACAAGGACAAGGACAGAGAUAAGGAGAAAAACCAGACUUCAGAUGAGAAGAGAGUUGAAGUGCAACCAAGCUUCUAUAAUGGACAAAAGUUUGGUUCAAACAGCCUGCAGAGUAGUGAGAUCAAGGAUUCUUUAUACGUGCAGGAAUUGGCCAGAAGAAUCAAGGAUGAAGAUAGGGCAUCAGGAAGCCAAAUGUUUCAGAAGGUUGUUGCUACAGAUCAAAGAAGAGGUGAGGUACAGGGAAUGGUGGUGGAGGGAAGUAUUGGCAAUCAAUCUGAGGAAAAAGAGAAGGUUAAGAUUAGGAAUGAAGAUCAUAAGAAAAUCAAUGGACAAAGAAAUCAUUUUGACACCAGAGGUUUGGGAAAGGCAUUUCAUCAAAACUACUCUGGCGUGGGCCAAGAAAGAGUUGAAGGAAUUGUCAAGUUGGUGGAGAAGAAGGAUGCUGAGAAGCAGAUGGAGGGGAAAGAGAAGGGCAUGCACAAGGAAAGUGAUGGUAAGGGUGAUAAACACAAAAGUAGAGACCGAGAGAAGAAUAGAAAAUCAAAGGAUAAAUACCGGCAUAAGGAAGAGAAGGAGGAGAAAGCGAAAGAGAUAACUGAACCAAUUAAAGAGAAGCCUCAAUUAAAAGAAAAUGUGUCUAAACUAAAAGAGGGUAGUAAGGACUCAAUAGAUUUACGAAAUAUCAAAUCAUCAGAAACAUUGAAGUUAACAAACGCAAGUCCUUCUGCUGAAGGAAAUCUUGGAAAACGAAAGGAGCUUGGGAAAAAUGGAUAUUUACUUGACAAUGGGAGUCGGCCUAAUAAAUUUCCGAGACCUUUGUCUUCUUUCCCAGCAGUUGAAAAUGGAAAGAAAUUGGAACAAUGUCAAGCUACUAUUCAGACAUCUGAGAAGCCGGAGUUAGCUAAAAAUCACAAAGUGGAAAUCAAGGAACAGAAGCUUAAUGGAUUGAUAGCUGCUCAACAGCCCAAUAUAUGCUCAACAAAGCCUUCAUCUGUUGGCAUGCCAGCUAAUGAGAAUGGUGAAACAUCUUCAAAACCACAUCCCGACACGAAAUAUCUGAGUCAGAUACUUUCUAUAGCAGAAAUGGAGGAGUGGCCUGAUGUUGAUGAUCAGAAAUGGCUGUUUAGCAGUAAUCAUUUGCAGUCAAAAAGGCCCAGCAGCAGUUCUACUGUGGUUGAUGGGACACAGCAAGUAUGGGCAGAAGCUCUUCGGAUAGAGUCUUUGGACAUUUCAGCAAUGCCAUAUGUCAUUCCUUACUGAUUUAGUACUAAAUGGUUAGGACUAUCCCUUCGACAACUCCCUGACAUGGCUGUUAGCCUCUAGGGAACACCUGGGGGAGGUAUGCCGGCAUUUGGGUCUUGAGAUUAGUGGUCUGUUCCUUCCUGUUCUUUCAUUGUUUGCCCAGCCCAGAUAAGUUUGUUAAGGACUGUUGGGGGGCUUUGCCGACUUACUUGUAGUUAUUUAUAACAGCUACCAUUGGGUUUUCAUCAGAAGAAACAUUCCUCAUGUGAACUGGUGAGAUGAAGGACAUUAGACCAAAAAGGUUGAGAUGGUUAGUUCCGAUUCUUCUUAGCUUUAGAGCUUAAACAUAUAGGUUAGAUGAGAGUUACAAUGUUCCCAUGGCCUGUGCUAUGCACACAUUUUUUAAAUCUGUAUAAUGAUUGAUGGUAUACGUAAUUUGUAAAUUAAGAGGGCAAAAUAAAGGAGGCAAAUUUCAUUUAUUUGUGAACUCUGUUUUUUUCCCUUGUUUUGGUUGAAUGUAGGAUAUCGAAAUUUUGUUAGAA